AUGUCCCUCCGCCGCGCCCCAAUGGGCGUCAUCCCACAAUCUCCUGAGGAGCAAAGAGCUCAAGCUGCGCGGGAAUCACUCGAUAGUCAGUACUACACUCGUUUUCGCUUGUUAGCACGACGCGUCGAAAGCGGAUAGGCAUUCCCCUCCUUUCUUUGCGAAGCUGACACGUGCUUUCACUUGUUCAUCCCCUUUGCGUCGUACAGUCCUCUUGGAGAUGAGCACAUUACUCAAUACAGGUGAGUCGACAUGCUGUCAGAAUGCCCCAUGCCCUUCAUCCCUGAGCUAACGACCCCAUCCACGUUUAAUGACUCAGGCCUCGACCGAACCCAACUGGCCCUCUGCAUCAAGAUGUUAGAAGACGGUGUCAAUCCCGACGCUUUAGCCGUGAGUACUUCCAACCAUGUGUUAAGAAGCUCCGACCUGGCUUGUUUCUAAAGGAUUUACGUUUCGUCGCCUUGGUCCACUCGCAGACCGUCAUUAGGGAUCUACGCGCCGAAGCGACCGGCAAGACGAUCGGGUCGACGGGGUCGUUGGGUACACGGUGA